AUCGUGCGGGCUGUGUGAGGGUUGGGGAUAAUUUAUGGUGAGUGCUGGUUCCUGGGCAGGGCCAGGGCACCAGGGGACAAGAGCGCCCAGCCGGGAUGAACGCAGCUGUCCUGGAAGCAAACCCAGACCCAGACCUUGGCCAGGGGCAGGUGGAAGGGAGGGUGUUUGCACUUUAUUGGGCACCCCUGGCCAUGUCCCCUGGGUGCCAGGGACAUGGGCUGGAGGCCUCGGAGUAGAGAAGAGGCAAAGCAGCCCAGCUCAAGCCAGGACCGUACAGAUGCUCGCGGUCCCUGGUGUCUCCGAGCCACCACGUGUGAGGGCCGCUGCUCCCAGCUGAGGCCUGGCCCCGAGGAGGAUGUCUCAGCCGCCGGCCGGCGCCCGUCUGCACCAUGAGUGAUGAGCGGCGGCUGCCUGGCAGUGCGGUGGGCUGGCUGGCAUGCGGAGGCCUCUCCCUGCUGGCCAAUGCCUGGGGCAUCCUGAGUGUGGGUGCCAAACAGAAGAAGUGGAAGCCGCUGGAGUUUCUGCUGUGUACGCUCGCGGCCACCCACAUGCUCAACGUCGCGGUGCCCAUCACCACGUACGCCGUGGUGCAGCUGCGGCGGCAGCGCCCCGACUAUGAGUGGAACGAGGGCCUCUGCAAGGUCUUUGUCUCCACCUUCUACACCCUCACCCUGGCCACCUGCUUCUCCGUCACCUCCCUCUCCUACCACCGCAUGUGGAUGGUCCGCUGGCCGGUCAACUACCGGCUGAGCAACGCCAAGAAACAGGCAGUGCACACGGUCAUGGGCAUCUGGAUGGUGUCCUUCAUCCUGUCAGCCCUGCCUGCCGUCGGCUGGCACGACACGGCUGAGCGCUUCUACACCCACGGCUGCCGCUUCAUCGUGGCAGAGAUCGGCCUGGGCUUCGGCGUCUGUUUCCUGCUCUUGGUGGGCGGCAGCGUGGCCAUGGGUGUGGUCUGCACAGCCAUCGCCCUCUUCCAGACACUGGCUGUGCAGGUGGGGCCGCGGGCCGGCCGCCGCGCCUUCACCGUGCCCACCAUCGUGGUGGAGGACGCCCAGGGCAAGCGCCGCUCCUCCAUCGACGGCUCUGAGCCCGCCAAAACCUCGCUGCAGAUCACGGGCCUGGUGGCCACCAUCGUCAUCAUCUACGACUGCCUCAUGGGCUUCCCCGUGCUGGUGGUGAGCUUCAGCAGCCUUCGGGCGGACGCCUCGGCGCCCUGGAUGGCGCUGUGUGUGCUGUGGUGCUCCGUGGCCCAGGCGCUCCUGCUGCCCGCGUUCCUCUGGGCCUGCGACCGUUACCGCGCCGACCUCAAGGCCGUCUGGGAAAAGUGCGUGGCCCUCAUGGCUAACGACGAGGACUCGGACGAUGAUACCAGCCUGGAGGGUGGCAUCCCCCCGGACCUGGUGCUGGAGCACUCUCUCGACUACAGCUAUGGAGGUGACUUUGUGGCCCUGGACAGGAUGGCUAAGUAUGAGCUCUCUGCCCUGGAGGGGGGCCUGCCCCAGUUCUACCCGCUGCGGCCCUUGCAGGAGGACAAGACACAGUACCUGCAGGUCCCGCCCACGCGACGCUUCUCCCACGACGACGCCGAAGUGUGGGCCGCCGUCCCGCUGCCCGCCUUCCUGCCGCGCUGGGGCUCGGGCGAGGACCUGGCCGCCCUGGUGCUGCCCUCUGGGUCUGACCGGCGCCGCGGCAGCAUGCUGGCCUUCGCGGAGGACGCGCCCCCGUUCCGCCCGCGCCGCCGCUCGGCCGAGAGCCUGCUGUCGCUGCGCCCCCCCGCCCCCGACGGCGGCCCGCGCCGCGCCCGCGACUCGCCCCCCGGCAGCCCUCGCCUCCGCCCCGGGCCCGGCGCCCGCUCCGCCUCGGCCUCGCUGCUGCCCGACGCCUUCGCGCUGACCGCCUUCGAGAGCGAGCCGCAGGCCCUGCGCCGCCCGCCCGCCCCGCAGGGGCCCCUCCUGGACGGCGCCCAGCCCGGCGAAGACGCGGCGCCCCCUGGCGGCGGCGGCGCGCAGCGGAGCCCCGGGCCGCGCCCGGCCGUGCACGCGCGCGCGGGGCCCCUGCGGACCGGCCUGAGCGCGUCGUGGGGCGAGCCCGGGGGCCUGCGCGCGGCGGGGGACGGCGGCGGCGGCGGCAGCACCAGCAGCUUCCUGAGCUCGCCCUCCGAGUCCUCGGGUUACGUCACGCUGCACUCGGACUCGCUGGGCUCCGCGUCCUAGGGCCUACUGGCGCCUCCCCACGCGCGCCCGGCGGGCCGGGCCGCCCGCAGGGACCAAAGCACCAAAGAUGCCGCGCUGACCUAGGCCGGGCUCCGGGCAGCGCCACGCGGGGC